AUGACAUUUGCUGUUGGAUUUGCUUACAUGGAAUCUGAGAAGACGGACAAUUAUCAUUGGGCGUUAGGUAAGUUGAAGCAAUUGAUUACUAAGCAAGAUAUAUUUGCUAGAGUAAUUUUGACUGAUAGGGAAUGCACCGUGCAUAUACCUAAGGAUAUGCGACAGAAGGUGAAAAAUUUGUGGAGAGAUGUUGUUGAAAGUCCGGAUGAGGUGGAGUAUCAGCAGCGGUUGAAUGCGUUUCAGCAAGCAUGUGUUAAUUCAAGCAAGUUUGUCGAAUAUGUCAAUAACACCUGGUUGGCCCCUCGCAAAGAACAAUUUGUUGAAGCAUGGACCAAUCGAGUGAUGCAUUUAGGAAACACAACGACUAAUAGAGUUGAGUCUGCACAUUGGAGACUGAAGCAAAUGUUUGAACACAGCAAAGGAGACUUAUGCAAGUGUUUGGAAGACAUGAAUGACAACAUAAUACUAGAAGUUGACAAAAUUAAGAAGUCUUUUCAAAAGAGUUUUUACUAUGCAGAAAAGACACACAACAGUCCAUUUUUUCAAUAUUUGAGAAACUUUGUCUCCAAGGCCGCUAUGACACUAAUUUCUGAUGAGAUGAAGAGAAUUGACAUUGUUGGAACAAAUAAAAACUUGUGUGGUUGCAAACUUAGGUCAACAUCUGAGUUGCCUUGUGCUUGUGAAUUGAGUGGAUAUACAACCAGCGGUGUACCGAUACCGUUAGAUUCAGUUCACGGUCACUGGAAGAAAUUAACUAUGGAAGAACCAUUGAAGGAUGACACAAAUGAUGGAUAUGAGUUGGACAUGAGUAAUGCAAUGGAGGCAAUAUGGACUCGAUUUCGGUCACUUGAUAUUGUUGGUAAAAGAGCGUUGAAGAGUAAAGUGUUUGAACUUGCUUAUCCAGCCUCAAGUUCAUUGUGUCCACCACCUGAAAAAAUAAAAACCAGAGGAGGAGUGAAGAACAAAGAUAAAGGCAAAGCACCAAAAGGUUAUGAUGUGUAUCGUGAUCCAUCAUACUUUGAACAUGUUGAAAGAGAAUAUGGUGAUUCACAAGGUACAUCGAAGAGGUUGUGUACACAACAAUCACAGUCAUCUCAGAAGGAACUAUCUCAACCCUCUCAGAAGCAACAAUCUCAACCAUCUCAGAAACAACUAACUCAGUUGUCUAAAAAACUGACAUCUCAGAAAUAUUUGGGGCAAUUUCCUGAUCAUAUACAUCCACAUAUUGUUGACAUUGCUGAUGUGCUUGAAGAUGGAAAUUGUGGUUUUAGAGCUGUUGCAUCUUUACUUGGUUACAGAGAGGAAGGUUGGUCCAUCGUCCGCCGGGAGUUAGAUGAAGAGCUUAGAAAUAAUAACAGUUUGUAUGAGAAAUUAUUCAGACAAGAUUUGCAGGUUGUGAGAGAUUCGCUGGUAGCAAAUAGAUGGUUCACCAUACCUGCUAUGGGUUACUUGGUAGCAAAUAGGUAUAAUGUCGUUCUCGUCACGUUGGGUAAACCUAGUAAGACUUUCUUUCCUAUGAUGACUUCAUAUUCCUCUUCAGCAAGGUUUUUUGUAUUGGUUUUGUCAAUGGAAAUCAUUGGGUUCUGGUAG